AUGGCUUCUGAUCCCUUCGCCCACCCCAGCAGCCAGUCCUCCUCUUUCACCCUGGUGGGUGUCCCCAGACUGGAAGCUUUCUCCACCUGCCUGGGCAUCCUGUUCUGCUUGGCCUAUAUCAUCUCCCUGGUGGGCAAUGGUGUCGUCUUGCUUGUCCUUGGGCUGGACACCUCCCUGCGUCUCCCCGUCCACGGCUUCCUGGCCAUGCUGGCCGGCAUCGACCUGGUGAUGGUGACAUCCGUCGUCCCCAAGAUGCUGGGCAUCUUCUGGCUGAACUCUACGGAGAUUGGCUACACGUCCUGUUUUGUUCAGAUGUUCCUUGUCCACUCCACAACGUCCGAGGAGUCAGGGGUGCUCCUGGCCAUGGCCGUCGACCGCUACGUUGCCAUUUGCCACCCCCUCAGGUACCAAGCCAUCCUGGAUCGCCAAACGGUUGCCCAAAUAGGCCUGGCCAUCCUGGCGAGAGGUCUCCUGUUCAUGGCCCCCUUGACAGGGAUGGUCACCAGCCUCCCCUACUGCCGCUCCCACCUGGUUCCCCACUCCUACUGCGAGCACGUGGCCGUGGCCAAGCUGGCCUGUGCAGACCCCAGACCCGUCGGGCUCUACAGCGUGGCCGGGUCCUCUCUGAUCGUGGGGAUGGACUUGGCUUUCAUCUCCGUGUCCUACGGGAUGAUCCUCAAGACUGCCCUGAGGAAGAAAUCCUGCUGGAAGGCCCUCAGCACCUGCGGGUGCCACCUCUGUGUCCUGCUGCUCUACUACGUCCCCGGGAUGGUCUCCAUCUAUGUGCAGCAGUUUGGCAGCAGCCUGUCCCUGCAGGCACAGGUCCUGCUGGCUGACCUCUACCUGGCCCUCCCCACCAUGCUCAACCCCAUCAUUUACAGCAUGAGGACCAGGCAGAUCCGCCGGGCCGUGCUCAGAGUGUUCCGUUCCAGGAAGGUUCACACCUGA